GCCCGGGGUGCCGGCGUGACUUUGAGCGCUUCCGGCUCUGCUGCCGGUGCUGGAGCGGAGCAGAGCCGAGCCGGAGCCCUGGAAGUGGCUAAUCCAGGCUUGCCAUGCGACUGUUGAGGGUCGCCACGGCCCUGGGGCGUGGGCCCCUCCCGCGGGCCCCUGCGGUCCUGGGCAGGCAGGGGAAGCAGGCAAAUUGGAAGGCCUACCGAUGGUGUUCGUCAGGAAUAAUUCCCAAUGAGAAAAUACGAAAUAUUGGAAUCUCAGCUCACAUCGAUUCUGGGAAGACGACAUUAACAGAGCGUGUGCUAUACUACACUGGCAGGAUUGCUGCGAUGCAUGAGGUGAAAGGUAAAGACGGAGUUGGCGCUGUCAUGGAUUCAAUGGAACUAGAGAGACAGAGAGGAAUCACUAUCCAGUCAGCAGCUACCUAUACCAUGUGGAAAGAUAUCAAUAUCAAUAUUAUAGAUACCCCUGGCCAUGUGGACUUCACAAUAGAAGUGGAAAGGGCCCUGCGGGUGUUGGAUGGUGCCAUCCUUGUUCUCUGUGCUGUUGGUGGAGUACAGUGCCAGACCAUGACUGUCAAUCGUCAGAUGAAGCGCUACAACGUUCCGUUUUUAACCUUCAUUAACAAGCUGGACCGAUUGGGCUCCAACCCAGCCAGGGCCCUUCAACAAAUGAGAUCCAAACUAAACCACAAUGCAGCAUUUGUGCAGAUACCCAUUGGUUUGGAGGGUGAUUUUAAGGGUAUUAUAGACCUCAUUGAGGAACGAGCUAUAUACUUUGAUGGAGACUUCGGUCAGAUUGUUCGAUAUGGCGAGAUUCCAGCAGAAUUGAGGGCUGCAGCAGCUGACCACCGGCAGGAACUAAUUGAAUGUGUUGCUAAUUCAGAUGAGCAGCUUGGUGAGCUGUUCCUGGAAGAAAAAAUCCCCUCGGUUUCUGAUUUAAAGAUGGCAAUCCGAAGAGCGACUCUGAGUCGAUCCUUCACUCCUGUGUUCUUGGGAAGUGCUCUGAAGAACAAAGGAGUCCAGCCUCUUCUGGAUGCUGUUUUAGAAUACCUUCCCAAUCCAUCUGAAGUCCAGAACUAUGCUAUACUCAACCAGGAUGACUCAAAGGAGAAGACCAAAAUCUUAAUGAACUCCAAAAGAGACAAUUCCCACCCAUUUGUGGGCCUGGCUUUUAAACUUGAGGCAGGCCGUUUUGGACAGUUAACUUACGUCCGCAAUUAUCAGGGUGAACUAAAGAAGGGUGACACCAUCUACAACACGAGGACAGGGAAGAAGGUUCGAGUGCAGCGGUUAGUUCGCAUGCAUGCCGACAUGAUGGAGGAUGUUGAAGAAGUAUAUGCUGGAGACAUUUGUGCAUUGUUUGGCAUUGACUGUGCAAGUGGAGACACAUUCACAAACAAAAAUAACAGUGGCCUUUCCAUGGAAUCAAUUCAUGUUCCUGAACCUGUCAUUUCAGUAGCAAUGAAGCCUUCUAACAAGAACGAUCUAGAAAAAUUUUCCAAAGGUAUCGGCAGGUUUACACGGGAAGACCCCACAUUUACAGUCCGCUUUGACACUGAGAGCAAGGAGACGAUUGUGUCUGGAAUGGGAGAGUUACAUCUGGAAAUCUAUGCUCAGAGAAUGGAGAGAGAAUAUGGCUGUCCUUGUAUCACAGGAAAGCCCAAAGUGGCCUUUAGAGAGACCGUCACUGCCCCUGUGCCGUUUGAUUUUACACAUAAAAAGCAGUCAGGUGGUGCUGGCCAGUUUGGAAAAGUAAUAGGUGUGCUGGAGCCCCUCGCCCCGGAGGACUACACUAAAUUGGAGUUUUCUGAUGAAACAUUUGGGGCCAAUGUUCCAAAGCAGUUUGUGCCUGCAGUUGAAAAGGGGUUUUUGGAUGCCUGCGAAAAGGGCCCUCUUUCCGGUCACAAGCUUUCUGGGCUACGGUUUGUUCUGCAAGAUGGUGCACAUCACAUGGUUGAUUCUAAUGAAAUCUCUUUCAUCCGAGCUGGAGAAGGUGCUCUUAAACAAGCCUUGGCAAAUGCCACAUUAUGUAUUAUUGAGCCUAUUAUGUCUGUGGAAGUUGUAGCUCCAAAUGAAUUUCAGGGAACAGUAAUAGCAGGAAUUAACCGGCGCCAUGGAGUAAUCACAGGGCAAGAUGGAAUCGAGGACUAUUUCACACUGUAUGCAGAGGUCCCUCUAAAUAAUAUGUUUGGCUAUUCCACUGAACUGAGGUCUUGCACAGAGGGGAAAGGAGAGUACACAAUGGAGUACUGCAGAUACCAGCCCUGUUCACCAUCCACACAAGAAGAGCUCAUUAAUAAGUAUUUGGAAGCUACAGGUCAACUUCCUGUAAAAAAAGGAAAAGCCAAGAACUGACUCUCCUCACUUUGAACAUAGUGACUGUUUGACUACAAGAUUUAGAGAUGAUGGAUUCCAGUGGAGUGAAUUCAGAUGGCUGAAUCAAGUUUUAGGAGCCCUUGCUGUUUCACAUUCAGAAGCUUCUAUGUAUGUGCAAAGAUAAUUAUAUGUAUAUUAUAUUUAAACUAUGGACUAUUUUGUUGUUUAAUGAAAGACCUUAAAUAAAAUUAGAGUAUUACUGAAA